AUGAAUCAAACAAAUUCUAUAAUUAAAUCGAAAACUUCAUCAGUUUUACCAUCGGAAAAUGAAAUGUCACUUCAAAUGUCACCAUUUAAAAUAAACGUUGAUAAAAAUAUUAUAACGAAAACUCCAUAUAAAUUGGGAAGAGAACCAUUAUUGAAACACGUACCGUUAAAAGAUAUCAAAUUCGAUUCUCCGAGACCCCCAAAUUUAUAUCCGACGUUGAAAUGCCCAGAAGCAAAACCUAAACCCGAAGGAUUAUAUUAUUUACCGCAAAAUCCAAAUUGGACGGGUUUAACGGACUCUUCACCCUAUAAAAUCCCUCCAAAACCUGAAUUUCACACUUUUAAAGAUAUUUUACCGGAAAGGCCAAAAGCUCAACAUUAUGGAACAGAAACGUUAAAAAAUUUAAAAUCCCAAUUUUUGGAUAACGAUGAACAAUUGGAAAAUGAAUUUGUUGAUAAUAAAUUUGAUGAACCUGUUAUAUUAAAAGUUGAAUUACCACCGGCAUUAAGAGCCAAAGUCAUGCUAAAAAAUAUUACAACGAAUUACAAACCGAAUUCACAAAUAUUUGACGUGAAUAUGGAUAAAGAAAAACGUCUGAUUGAAUUACACAAAUCCAUUUUUAUCGGAAAUGAAUAUUUAAUGGAAAAAACUCCGGAUUUGAUAAGCAUACACGAAGAUUGUACUCAAAUGCAAGAUUUGUUGGAAAAAAUUAAUUUAAUGUUACACGUCGCCAUUUGCAAAACGAAAUUAUCGAUACCCCCCACGUUUCUUAGCAAAAGUAAUAAUGCGGAUAAUGUGAAACCGUGCAAAAAUGAAAAUUGUCCUCUCACCUGGGAUUUGAACGGAGUGUAUUAUUUCAAAGAAGUUUGCCCUCCGGAUUAUUUGAACGUGCCCUCGGUAAGAGAUUGGCAAAUGUCACCAUUUUCAAACGAGAGAUACGAUUUAGAUGAAAUACAAAAAGCCGAAAGAAAAGGAGUCAAAGGUAAACAAGAAUUGGAAGAAUUGAAAAAAAAAUACGGUUUGAUACCCGCGACGGAGCCUUGUACGAAACCUAAUCCGCCUGAAGACGUGCAAAAUGAAAACCCGGAUAAAAUGAGAAAAAGAUGCACGAGCGAAUAUCAAUAUCAACCCUACGGUCCUCCCCUUUUAUCAACCCUUUCGUACAACCGUCCAGAUUUAAAUCAGCCAAGAUUAUAUAAUUAUCUCGGUCCUUCUUAUUUUGUGGGACCGGGAGUGAAGACUCCCAUACCUCGAAUGUGUUCGAUAAUACCAUGCAGUGGAUUAGAAUACAGGACGAGAAUUCUAUCGGAUAUUUACGUACCUUACGGUCCGUACGAAGAAGUCAGAUUAACCCAAGAUCAAUACGUACCAUUGGGACCAUCACCAUACAGAUUGUAA